AUGGGAACAUAUGUCGUUGAAGGGAGAGUGAUAACCGGCAACAAUAUUGGUGAUAAAGUUUUUAUUCCUGGAUUAUCAUUGACUCCUUCAGAUAAAAGAAUAUCUUUUAAGUUUAAACGUCGACAAUUUCCAAUGGUUGUUUCAUUUGCUAUGACUAUUAAUAAGAGUCAUGACGAAUCACUUAAACAUGUUGGUGUGUAUCUUCGACAGUCAAUUUUCUCCCAUGGCCAACUAUAUGUUGCCGUGUCAAGAGUAACUUCAAGGAAAGACUUUAAAAUAUUAAUAAUUGACGAAAAAGGGGAAGACACGAACAAAACUGGAAAUGUGGUAUACAAAAAAGUUUUCCAUAAUGUUUAG